GUUGUUUAAUGUUUUAAAUUUUCAUUUCUAGCGUAAACGAUUUUUAGUUUUUACUUUCUAGAUUUUGUCUUUUUACAUAUAAUUAUUGUUUAAAUUAUGUACGAUAAUUGCUAAUCAAUAAAUAAACCAAACUAAUGUUUUACAUAUUUUUAUAAAAAUAUUCAUAUUAUCUUACUCGCAAAGAUGUACGCAGUGGAGAAGAAAUUCGAAAUUGAAAUGAAGUUGAAAAGGGAGAUGACUAACAUACAAGAGCUGAAAGCAGCAGCCAAUCGCAGCUCCACCUUGGCCAGUGAUGUGUGCAAUGUGCUGGGGGCCUGUGAGCAAAGGCUGCAGCAGUUGGAGACGGCUGUGCUGCCUCUGUACGGAGACACUGCCCGUCUACAGCAGAUACAUCACAAUAUGGAGCGUACAGUGACAGCUCUAGACCAUGUAAUAAACUACUACAUGGUGUCCAGAGAGUUGUCAGACCUCAUACAGGCCGGCCCACACACGGGGUCCACUGAGUCACUCAACAUGUACUUAGAGGCACUGGACAAGUUGGCGGAAGCACAAAAUUAUUUUAACAAAAAUAACCCUCAAAGUGUGGAGUUAGAAAAUAUUAACCAGUUGUACAAUGCGGGAGUGCUGAAGCUGGAGAGUGCGUUUGAAGAGCUCCUCAGUCGCAACACCCGUCCGCUGUCUCCCACCGCACUCAUGGAUAUGAUCGCUUUGGAGGAAGACUCGAGCGCGGACAGCGUGAGCGUGAGCGGCAGCAGCUCGUCCAGCGGCGGCGCGGAGGCCAUGCGCGCGGCGGCGGCCUGGCUCAGCGCCGCCGGCCGCGCGCCCGCCGCGCCGCUCGUGGCCGUGCGCGCGCCCGCCGCGCUCGCCUCGCUGCAGGCCUUCCGGGACUACCUGCGCUCGCGCUCCAUGGCCGCCUCGCCGCUCAUGAGAACUAAGAACAUGCUGAACCGCGCAGACAGCACACAACGGAGAACUAGCAAAAUACAAAAAGUGUUGGAGAAGCGCGCCAUAAACAUAAUGAUGAAGGCGUCCCAGACCCUGGAGCAGUCCACGGGGCUGGCCAUCGGGCCGCGCCGCUCCAUCAGCGACGCGUAUUCCGAAGAGUGCACGGAGGCGGUGGACGAGCGCGAGGCGGAGGCGUGCGGCAGCCUGGCGGCGGCGCUGUGUCGGCUGGCGCGCCGCGAGCAGCGCCACGCGCUCGGCCUGGUGCCGCUGCCGCGCCUGCCCGCGCUGCUGGCCGCCAUCAUGAAGGACUGCCUCGCGCUGCUGGCGUCGGAGGUGGAGCGCGUGUGCACGCGCUGCAGGAAGGCGGCGGCGCGCUGCGGCGCGGGCGCGGCGGCGGUGUGGUCGCUGCACGCGCGCCUGCAGCGCCUGCAGCCCGACAUGCAGCGCGCGCUGCACCCUGCCUCCCCUGCGCCUUACGCCGCGCUGCUCAACACGUGCCAGCACCACUGCGUGCGGUCGCUGGAGGAGUGGGUGGAGGGGGUGCGCAGCGACGGCGCGGCGGGCGCGGUGGACGGCACCGUGCACCAACUGGCGGCCGCCGCGCUCGCCUACUGCCACGCGCUCUCCGCGCACAUGCAGAACAUCGGCCCCGCGCUGGCCACGGAGGCGUCGUAUGCGCGCGCUGCGUCGCAGCUGACGGGCGGGCAGGACCGGAACGCUCUCAUGCUGGCUCUGUACAUGCGCAAAGUGUUGGCGCAGUUAAACCUUUCGUUGAGGACCAAAAGCGAGCAGUAUCCAGACGCGCUGAAAGCGAUUUUCCUGCUCAACAAUACUCUGUACUUGCUUCAGGGUCUGCAGCGCAGCGGUCUGCUCGACGUGCUGAUGUUGGCGGAGCCGGAGUGCGAGGCGAGCUACCGGGACAUGAUCCAGGACUAUAAAAACGCUUAUGUGCAAAGCUGGAACAAGUUGCUAUCUCAUUUACAGCUGGACGAGCCGCUGCCAGCGAAGCUGCGUGACAAGGAUCGUCAGAUGUUGAAGGAUAAGUUUUCGAGUUUCAACCGCGAGUGGGAGGAGACGACGCGCGCGCAGCGCAGCUACAGCGUGCCCGACGCGGAGCUGCGCGAGGCGCUCAAGCGCGACAACAAGCAGGCCAUCCUGCCGCCCUACAGCAGCCUGCACGAGCGCGCGCUCGCCACGCCCUUCGCCAAGCACCCCGAAAAAUACGUCAAGUACACGCCGCUGCAGAUUGCUGCUCAGUUGGACGGGUACUUCGACGAGGCUGCGUAAAACAACACAGUCAGUGUUGACAUACAUUUAACUUUAUUACUGUCUAAAUAUAGUGAAAAAUAUAUUUAUUGUAAUAUUAUUUAACUCAAUUAUUUAGUUAAGUAUACUACUAUAAUAAGGUGCUUAAAUAUGUUAUGAACAAAUAAAAGACAAUUUUGUUAUU